GCAGAGGGAGGCCUCCAAGGCAAGGCUGGGGAUCCUGGGCCUAAAGGAGACAGAGGAGAGAGGGUGAGGAAAAAUGUUACCCCUAAUGUUCUCAUACGAAAACAUUGGACUGCUUUAUAAUUCAUUUGCCAUGAAAGGUUCAGUGGGUUUAUUCCAACACUGUCUUUGUUCCAUUGUGCGCAAUACAUCUGUUUGAUUAGGAGGUAGACAGGCUCUCUUCAAAGAUAUUGUGUUCAAAUACUAAGGCAGCCUCCCAGAAUGCACCCUAAUCCCCUACAUAGUACACUAUUUUUUGACCAGGGUCCAUUUGUGACGCAUCCAUGCUCAGCAUAUGUCAGACGUCACUGAUCUCAACAGUAAAGUCCCCAUUCAGCCAUAAUUAAUCAGUGUAUGGCCCUGGUCAGACCUCACUGAUCUCAACAGUAAAGUCCCCAUUCAGCCAUAAUUAAUCAGUGUAUGGCCCUGGUCAGACCUCACUGAUCUCAACAGUAAAGUCCCCAUUCAGCCAUAAUUAAUCAGUGUAUGGCCCUGGUCAGACCUCACUGAUCACAACAGUAAAGUCCCCAUUCAGCCAUAAUUAAUCAGUGUAUGGCCCUGGUCAGACCUCACUGAUCACAACAGUAAAGUCCCCAUUCAGCCAUAAUUAAUCAGUGUAUGGCCCUGGUCAGACCUCACUGAUCUCAACAGUAAAGUCCCCAUUCAGCCAUAAUUAAUCAGUGUAUGGCCCUGGUCAGACCUCACUGAUCACAACAGUAAAGUCCCCAUUCAGCCAUAAUUAAUCAGUGUAUGGCCCUGGUCAGACCUCACUGAUCACAACAGUAAAGUCCCCAUUCAGCCAUAAUUAAUCAGUGUAUGGCCCUGGUCAGACCUCACUGAUCUCAACAGGGGGAGGGGGUUCUAAGCUAACAUAUGGAUUUUGUAAAGAUGUUCAUACCAAGGAUCAUUUAGCUAUUUGAUUUUGAAUUUUAAGACCCCUUAAGGUAUCAACAAAAAAAUAUUUAAAAACAUUAUUGGAUGAAACGUUGAAUUUGGCAUUACUGCUAAUAGCCAAUAGAAACACAAUGAAUAACAGAUUCACUACAUUGAGCAACAGAUAGUCCAAAACAAAAUCAAAAGGAAGUUUGUUCUGAAGUGUCUGUCCUAUAUCUGAACGAUAUAAGAAAGAUCAGGAAACGUUUUUUUUUACAUGUAUUUAUCCCCUUAGUUUAGGCACUAAACUAUCUCCAUAUACUGUAUACUUCCAUUCAUUUUUGAAACUGGUACCGGUACCUUAAGACUAGUCUUGUGAGGCUUGUGGGCGUCCUGGCAAAACGGAGAACCCCAUGGUGCUCGUGAGAGUCUCAUCUUUCAAUAGAGUGGUCGUAGUAGUUUGUAGGCAAAACCGUUCGGACGAUGCAGAUCUUUUUUUGUGAGAAGACAGAUUUUCGGAAUGUUUCAUGGUUUGUCAAACAACACUCUAGCUCUGCCACCUUUCACCGCAGAUACAGAAGGGUGAUAUCGGCGGAUGUGGUGGAUUGAGACGCAGACCAUGCAAAACCCCCCAGAUAUCUCUAACUUAAACAGACGGAUUUUGAUGGGGAUUUUUUUAUUAUGUUCAUUAGAUUACAGUGGGGGGCGCGAAAAUUGUAGGCCAAGGGUUAAUCAGCCUAUGGCCUUGGUCAGACCUCAAUGAUCACAACAAUAAAGACCAAUUCAGCCAUAAUGUUAAACCUAAUCCCCUUCAUCUGCUGUGAUUAAGGAACAGAGGGUCAACACAUACGUGACCAGGUAGACCCCUUGGUGAGAACAUCAAACAGACCACUCAUUGCAGCCACGCUCAGCGGUGCUGAUUCCUCCCCGUGACAUUGCCACCAGUGUCUGCUUGCACUGCAAGGAGAUGAUGAGCGAUUAGACAGUGAUGUUAUAAAUCUGAAGGUGUUUGGGGGAAAGUAGUUCCUCUGAUCCGUGUUCCUCUCUCUCUCUCUCUCUCACCAGGGCCCUCCAGGAUUACCAGGGGAGCGCGGCCAGCCUGUGAGUACGGCAAGGCUGUUCACGCGUGAACACACACACAGGCACGCACGCAAGCAAGCGCCAGGGUUUCCAUGUUAGCCGGCAGUUGCCAGCUUUUGGCCGAUAAAAAAAAAAGAAUGGAAAGUUGAUUGAUAAAACUGUUGCCGGCCAAAAUGACGGGGAUUUGAGAAAUCCCAUUGCAAAAUAACGCUUUUUAGUCAAUGAUGGGAAUACCAGUCAAUGGAAAUACAUUUGCCCAUCAUGCCUAUAGGUUAAUUUGCAUAAUAUCGUGGAAUUCAAUUGGCCUGUGUGUAUUUUCAUUAGUCAUCAUGCAUCUUAUUUAUCCAACAGAACUAUUACACAUGCACAGCAUCCAGAGCCUAUUCUGAGCUGGGUUUCUCCUGCUGCUCCUCAGCUGGUUGCUGUUGUAGUAUAACCUGUUUUAAUAAGCCCAGUCAUUGUGCAACAAUUCUAAAUGCAAUCGGGUGUUAAAAACAGUUUUGGUGCACAAUUUAAAAAUAGCUACUAUUUUUAUUUCUCAACUGGUAAUUGAAGCGCGCCUCCCAUUCAAAUCAAAUCAAAUGUUAUUUGUCACAUGCGCCGAAUACAACAGGUGUAGACCUUACAGUGAAAUGCUUACUUACAAGCCCUUAACCAACAAUGCAGUUUUAAGAAAGAAUAACAAACAAAAAUCACACAAAAAAAUACAAUAUAAAAUAAUACGAAAUAAAAGUAACAAAUAAUUAAACCAUUCAAGUGCAGGCAACAGGCUAUCAGCGAGUCACCCACCACUUUACAAAGCGAGCUGGAGGCAGAAUGCAUUUUGAAAACAUGCUUAAUUGUUUAAAACCUGAAUGUUUUAUUUCAUAUGAUGAGGCAUGUCUUACCUUGCUUCAAAGUAGCCUAUAGGCAAAAUCCCACCAUGGAAACGUGGAGGGAAUUGUUUUAUAAAGACUCCAUAGGCAGCGGGUGAGUUUCAAGUUUGGGGAAGCCUACAAUCUAUCCUACCAUUUCUACCAUUCUGCAUGGCAGUUAUGAUUUUCAUAUGCACAUUUUCGUGGGAACAGUUUCACUUCAAUAAUAAUGGACACAUUGAUACACCGUGAGCUAAAGAAAUGAGCCAAUGGAACUCAUAGCCUAUAGGCCAAUGCAGCAGCAGGCCUAUGACUUCCAUUGCUCUUUCACACUGAGGAUUGGUGAUUAUCGAGGGGGAGAUUGUUGGAAAGAUUUUUCAAAAAAGCUUACUGAGAGGAGCUAUAGAACAAAAAGAAACCUUGCUACAUUUAUGUGCAGCAGGCCAGGUACUUCUAUGGGUGCUCAACAUUAUCAGGACAGAGAAACCAGACACAUGCUCAUUGCUCACAUGGAGCACUCCAAACAAAAGACAAUAAAAAACAAAAAGACAGAUCUCGUAAAUGAUGGUUAUGAAAUGGUUGGAGUCUAGCUUGAAAUACACUUAUUCAUGUUACCAUACUAAAACGUAUUGAUUACUUUACAUGUAUAAUGAAUGUACAGUAUAUGUUGGGGUCAAUGGAGGGUGGAUAAGAACUAGGAGUAUGGAAAGUUACUGAGUGAGACAAUGGGGGGAGGCAGGAAGUUUAAAUACCGAACUUGUUUUUGCAUGGAUUCCACAACAGCUAGGACCGCUAGGACCGCUAUUUCUUGUCCCGGAAUCCCACUUAACUGACAGGUUAAAAUUUCCUUGAAACAGCCGCUAACCUAGCUAAGCUGCUAACGUUAUCCAUCAAGCUAACGAAGUUAGUCCCUGAUGAGUUUUCCAAUGGAGCCCUCUUUGUCUGGAGAAGUAAAUGAACGGUUCCAGCGCUGUAGGAGCUGUAUCUACUACGGUUUGUUUCGGGACAAACUGGAUCACUCAGAGUUCCAAUGCGGCAAUUGUUUGAUUGCUGAAGAUUAUAGGCUUGAGGUGGCUUCCUUGAUCACACAGGUAGCCAGCCUACGUAAGGAACUGGGGAAAACGCAGAGUGGAAUGUUUACCUUUAUAGGCUGGUGGCUGGACGGCGUUCGCGCUUGUUGAAUGCAUCUCCGUCUUGUCGUUUGUCGUUAUCCGUGCUGCCCUGAGUUCUUUCGCCAAGGGAGCCAUCUCCUGCCCUCUCCUCCCCCAUCUGAUAGCGGAGUCGAAGGAGCACAGCAAGAGGAGCAUGGCAAUCAACAAAGACAGCGACCUCCCGCAAAGCAGUCUACACUCCCAACGAAAGGCCCGGAGCAGAUACAAACAACGAAUAGUUUCGCCGCCCUGGAGCCUGAUCUUCCUGCUACCUUCGUCGCUGAGGGUACCUGUGUCUGUGGCCGCUGUGCCUACUCCUACUCCUUCCCCUACGAUUUGUAAGUCGACGUCAGCAACCUUCCGUCCCUGCACCAUCCUGUGAAGUGUGGGAGUGGGCGGAUUUCCUCGUCCUUCUCGCCAGCUGUGAUUUUUGACAGCUCCAUGGUAAGAAAUGUGAUUGUUCCUGGUGCAAAACGAUGUCCUAUCCCGGAGCUCGAGUAAAUUACAUUAAUAAGCUGCUCCCGAAUGUACUACGCCAGGACAUGGACAUUGAUUCUAUCAUAGUCCAUGUGGGUUUUAAUGACAUUAUGAAGGGCAGCUCUGAACUGUUGAAACUGGAUUUCAAAGAGCUGAUUGACUCUCUGCUAGACACAAUUAAAAGACCCAUCAUAUCUGACCCUGUGCCCUCUCCGAAUCGUGGCAUUGAACGCUUUAGCAGGAUUCUUUCUCUUCACAACUGGCUACGUGAUUAUUGCAGCUCAAUGGGUGUAACUUUUGUUGACAAUUUUGAUACCUUCUGGAAACAAAACACGUGUUAUAAGGAGGAUGGGAUCCACCCAAAUCAUUUGGGUUCCUGGAUCCUUUCACAGCUUUAUAAGGCUGCGUUGAGACAAUGACUUAUCAAUGACCCAAGUCCAGCUCAGUUAAUCCCUACCAUUGUGUCGCUGAGUCAUCAUAUUGCUUUAGUAAAUGUACAUUAUACCAGGGCCAUUGAAGACACAAUGUAAAUAACCUAAUGUAUGUCCCUCUAACUGCCCUGAAUGCCUCUGCUGAUCCUACAGCUAUUGUAUGAACCAGAUUUAUACUGUUAGCACUGAGGCGGUGUGCCCUAGUAGGAAGUCCACUGUGUGCAGCUCACCCUGCACUAACGUAAAUAACAUGAGAAUAUCAACUUCUGCUAAGCUUCCCAGUAAAGCAAUGAAAACAAGCAAGCAUCCCAGAAAAGUGCUGGAAAUAACCCACGUUAACAUAUGUAGCCUAAAUUAAUAACAUGCUAGUAACAGAUUACAUUCAUAUUCUGAUCUCUGAAACUCACUUAGACAAUACCUUUGAUGAUACAGUGGUAGCAAUACAAGGUUAUAACAUGUACAGACAUUACAGAAAUGCCAGUGGUGGAGGUGUUGCUGUUUAUAUUCAGAACCACGUUCCUGUAAAGAUUAGAUAGGAUCUCAUGUUAAAUACUGUUGAAGUAAUAUGGCUACAGGUUCAUCUGCCUCACCUAAAGCCCAUUCUUGUGGGAAGCUGCUAUAGACCACCAAGUGCUAAUAGUCAGUAUCUGGAUAACAUGUGUGAAAUGCUUGAUAAUGUUUGUGAUAUCAACAGAGAGGUAUAUUUUCUGGGUGAUUUAAAUAUUGACUGGCUUUCGUCAAGCUGCCCACUCAAGAAAAAGCUUCAAACUGUAACCAGUGCCUGCAACCUGGUUCAUGUUAUCAGCCAACCUACCAGGGUAGUUACAAACAGCACAGGAAUGAAAUCAUCAACAUGUAUUGAUCACAUCUUUACAAAUGCUGCAGAAAUGUGCUUGAAAGCAGUAUCCAGAUCCAUUGGAUGUAGUGAUCACAAUAAAAUAGCCAUAUCUAGGAAAACCAAAGUUCCAAAGGCUGGGCCUAAUAUAGUGUAUAAGAGGUCAUACAAUAAGUUCUGUAGUGAUUCCUAUGUUGAUGAUGUAAAGAAUAUUUGUUGAUCCGUGAUGUGUAAUGAAGAGCAAACAGACGUUGUACUUGACACAUUUAUUAAAUUGCUUAUCCCAGUUACUAAUAAGCAUGCACCCAUUAAGAAAAUGACUGUAAAAACGGUGAAAUCCCCGUGAAUUGAUGAGGAAUUGAAAAAAAAUUAUGGUUAAGAGGGAUGAGGCAAAAGGAAUGGCAAAUAAGACUGGCUGCACAACCGAUUGGCAAACAUAUUGCAAAUUGAGAAAUCAUGUGACUAAACUGAAUAAAAAGAAGAAGAAACUGCACUAUGAAACAAAGAUAAAUGACAUAAAGAAUGAUAGUAAAAAGCUUUGGAGCACCUUCAAUGAAAUGUUGGGAAAAAAGGCAAACUCAGCUCCAUCAUUAAUUGAAUCCGAUGGCUCAUUCAUCACAAAACCGACUGAUAUUGCCAACUACUUUAAUUAUUUUUUCAUUGGCAAGAUUAGCAAAUUUAGGCAUGACAGCAACAAACGCUGACACUACACGUUCAAGUAUAUCUGACCAAGUUAUAAAAGACAAGAAUUGUAAUUUUUGAAUUCCAUAAAGUGAGUGUGGAAGAGGUGAAAAAAGUAUUGUUGUCAUUCAACAAUGACAAGCCACCGGGGUCUGACAACUUGGAUGUAAAAUUACUGAGGAUAAUAGCGGACAAUAUUGCCACUCCCAUUUCUUCAAUUUAAGCCUACUAGAAAGUGUGUGCCCUCGGGGAAGGGAAGGAGGGAAGCAAAAGUAAUUCUGCUACCUAAGAAUAGAGAUCCCCCUUUACUGGCUCAAAUAGCCGACCAAUCAGCCUGUUACCAACCCUUAGUAAAGUUUUGGAAAAAAUGGUGUUUGACCAGAUACAAUGCUAUUUUACAGUAAUCAAAAUUGACAACAGACUUUCAGCACGCUUAUAGGGAAGGAUAUUCAACAAGCACAGCACUUACACAAAUGACUGAUGAUUGGCUGAGAGAAAUUGAUGAUAAAAAGAUUGUGGGGCUGUUUUGUUAGACUUCAGUGCGGCUUUUGACAUUAUCGAUCAUAGUCUGCUGCUGGAAAAACGUAUGUGUUAUGGAUUCAUACCCCCUGCUAUAGUGUGGAUAAAGAGUUACCUGUCUAACAGAACACAGAGGGUGUUCUUUAAUGGAAGCCUCUCCAACAUAAUCCAGGUAGACUCGGGAAUUCCCCAGGGCAGCUGUCUAGGCCCCUUACUUUGAUCCAUCUUUACUAAUGACAUGCCACUGGCUUUGAGUAAAGCCAGUGUGUCUAUGUAUGCGGAUGACUCAACACUAUACAAGCCAGCAACUAAAGUGACUGAAAUGACUGCAACACUUAACAAAGAGCUGCAGUUAGUUUCAGAAUUGGUGGCAAGGAAUAACUUAGUCCUAAAUAUUUCUCAAACUAAAAGCAUUGCAUUUAGGACAAAUCAUUCACUAAAGCCUAAACCUCAACUAAAUAAUAAAUAAUGUGGAAACAGAGCAAGUUGAGGUGACUAAACUGCUUGGAGUAACCCUGGAUUGUAAACUGUCAAGGUCAAAACAUAUUGAUACAACAGUAGCUAAGAUGGAGAGAAGUCUGUCCAUAAUAAAGCGCUGCUCUACCUUCUUAACAGCACUAUCAACAAGGCAGGUCCUACAGGCUCUAGUUUUGUCGCACCUGGACUACUGUUCAGUCGUGUGGUCAGGUGCCACAAAGAGGGACUUAGGAAAAUUGCAAUUGGCUCAGAACAGGGCAGCACGGUUGGCCCUUGGAUGUACACAGAGAGCAAACUUUAAUAAUAUGCAUGUCAAUCUCUCCUGGCUCAAAGUGGAGGAGAGAUAGACUUCAUCACUACUUGUAUUUGUGAGAGGUAUUGAUAUGUUGAAAGCACCAAGCUGUCUGUUUAAACAACUAGCACACAGCUCAGACACCCAUGCAUACCCCACAAGACAUGCCACCAGAGGUCUCUUCACAGUCCCCAAGUCCAGAACAGACCAUGGGAGGUGCACAGUACUACAUAGAGCCAUGCCUACAUGGAACUCUAUUUCACAUCAGAUUUUAAAAAACUGAUAAAAAUACACCUUAUGGAACAACGGGGACUGUGAAGCAACACAAACAUAGGCACAGACACAUGCAUACACACACAUGAUAACAUAUGCACUCUACACACAUGUACACAUGGAUUUUGUGUUGUAGAUAUGUGGUAAUGGAGUAGGGGCCUGAGGGCACACACUUAGUGUGUUGUGAAAUCUGUUAUGAAUGUAUUGUAAUGUUUUUUUAAAUGUAUAACUGCCUUAAUUUUGCCUGACCCCAGGAAGAAUAGCUGCUGCUUUGGCAACAGCUAACGGGGAUCCAUAAUAAUUACAAAUACAAAUACAUUCUGUCAAACAUGUUAUUGUUAAAUCUCAUGGAUCCUAUGGAGGGAGGCAUAGGGCAACAGUCUGGUUUCAGUCACUGAUAAGGACAGACGUGGAUUAGGGUGGAGAGGAAUUCGGCCCGAGGUCAGGUCAGAUUAAGUGAGAAGAAACAGUACUAUCUCACACACAUAUACUUCCAUGCCCACGAAGGUUCAAGCAUGAGGCAUUAUGACUACACCAGUGAGAGGAACCAAUUAAGUUCCUGACUAGCAACAGAGAUGUAUUGGCUGUCUAGGUACAAGGAGUUGACUCCUCCUAGUAGGAGGGUAUAAAUAUUUGUGCUUGUGUAAACAUGUGUUUGUCUUUGCAACUGUUUGACCCAGUGGGUGAAUAAACUUGAUUUGAGCUUGUACUAGUUGUCGGUGAGUUUACUCUAUUUGUCAGAACCUAACAAAAUCAUGAGCUUGUACUAGUUGUCCGUGAGUUUCCUCUGUUUGUCAAAACCUAACAAAAUAAACCAAAAGUGUAACAGGUUGUGAACUCUGCAAACAACAUUUCCACUCCGAGAAUGAGAACAGUAAAUGACUUUAAUUAAUACAUGUAUUAACAGAAAUUAAAGUAAGCAAAUGACAGGGAUUAAAAGUACAUUUAUUACUGGUGACAUAUGUAAUGGGGAAUUUAUUUAAAAAAAAUAAAUUUUAAAAAAGGCUAAAGAAUUCAGACAAUGAAACAACAAAGGUGCAAGAAUUGGUGGGAGACAGCUGAGCUUUUCUGGACAGAGACUGGCCUACAGUGGGGGAAAAAAGUAUUUAGUCAGCCACCAAUUGUGCAAGUUCUCCCACUUAAAAAGAUGAGAGAGGCCUGUAAUUUUCAUCAUAGGUACACGUCAACUAUGACAGACAAAAUGAGAAAAAAAGUCCAGAAAAUCACAUUGUAGGAUUUUUUAAUGAAUUUAUUUGCAAAUUAUGGUGGAAAAUAAGUAUUUGGUCAAUAACAAAAGUUUCUCAAUACUUUGUUAUAUACCCUUUGUUGGCAAUGACACAGGUCAAACGUUUUCUGUAAGUCUUCACAAGGUUUUCACACACUGUUGCUGGUAUUUUGGCCCAUUCCUCCAUGCAGAUCUCCUCUAGAGCAGUGAUGUUUUGGGGCUGUCGCUGGGCAACACAGACUUUCAACUCCCUCCAAAGAUGUUAUAUGGGGUUGAGAUCUGGAGACUGGCUAGGCCACUCCAGGACCUUGAAAUGCUUCUUACGAAGCCACUCCUUCGUUGCCCGGGCGGUGUGUUUGGGAUCAUUGUCAUGCUGAAAGACCCAGCCACGUUUCAUCUUCAAUGCCCUUGCUGAUGGAAGGAGGUUUUCACUCAAAAUCUCACGAUACAUGGCCCCAUUCAUUCUUUCCUUUACACGGAUCAGUCGUCCUGGUCCCUUUGCAGAAAAACAGCCCCAAAGCAUGAUAUUUCCACCCCCAUGCUUCACAGUAGGUAUGGUGUUCUUUGGAUGCAACUCAGCAUUCUUUGUCCUCCAAACACGACGAGUUGAGUUUUUACCAAAAAGUUAUAUUUUGGUUUCAUCUGACCAUAUGACAUUCUCCCAAUCCUCUUCUGGAUCAUCCAAAUGCACUCUAGCAAACUUCAGACGGGCCUGGACAUGUACUGGCUUAAACAGGGGGGAAACGUCUGGCACUGCAGGAUUUGAGUCCCUGGCGGCGUAGCGUGUUACUGAUGGUAGGCUUUGUUACUUUGGUCCCAGCUCUCUGCAGGUCAUUCACUAGGUCCCCCCGUGUGGUUCUGGGAUUUUUGCUCACCGUUCUUGUGAUCAUUUUGACCCCACGGGGUGAGAUCUUGCGUGGAGCCCCAGAUCGAGGGAGAUUAUCAGAGGUCUUGUAUGUCUUCCAUUUCCUAAUAAUUGCUCCCACAGUUGAUUUCUUCAAACCAAGCUGCUUACCUAUUGCAGAUUCAGUCUUCCCAGCCUGGUGCAGGUCUACAAUUUUGUUUCUGGUGUCCUUUGACAGCUCUUUGGUCUUGGCCAUAGUGGAGUUUGGAGUGUGACUGUUUGAGGUUGUGGACAGGUGUCUUUUAUACUGAUAACAAGUUCAAACAGGUGCCAUUAAUACAGGUAACGAGUGGAGGACAGAGGAGCCUCUUAAAGAAGAAGUUACAGGUCUGUGAGAGCCAGAAAUCUUGCUUGUUUGUAGGUGACCAAAUACUUAUUUUCCACCAUAAUUUGCAAAUAAAUUCAUUAAAAAUCCUACAAUGUGAUUUUCUGGAUUUUUUUUUACCUAUGAUGAAAAUUACAGGCCUCUCUCAUCUUUUUAAGUGGGAGAACUUGCACAAUUGGUGGCUGACUAAAUACUUUUUUUCCUCACUGUAUAUCUUCACCACACACCCCUCCCCUUCUUCUCGUCUCAACAUUUUAAAUUAUACUAAAGACACAUUAUCUUCACACGUAUUUUAGAUGCUUUUUUGACCUUUUUUGACCUCCUAGUCUUGCACAUAGUAUUUCACACCACACUCAGAUGUUAUGCGUAUUGUAGGUAGUAUAGUGCGUGUCUGUUGCCUCUGUAAUGAUAAUGUAUGUGUCAAUGUGUUUACAGGGGCAGUCUGGGCAGAAGGGGGAGCCAGGAGAGGGUUUGCCUGAGGUAUGCACUGUAUUGGACAUCAGUAGAUGUUUAUAUGCAGCUCCACUGAGUAUUUAUGGCUCUUUUUGCCCAUGGAGUUGAGUGUGUGUCUGUCUCUGUCUGUCUCUGUCUGUCUCUCAGGGGGGAGCUGAGGGAGUGUGUCGGUCUCUGUCUGUCUCUCAGGGGGGAACUGAGGGAGUGUGUCUGUGUGUGUUUCUGUCUGUCUCUCAGGGGGGCGCUGAGGGAGUGCAGCAGCUGAGGGAAGCUCUCAAGAUCCUGGCAGAGAGAGUUCUGAUUCUGGAACACAUGAUUGGCAUCCACGGUAAAGGCGGAAGGAGUUCUAAUUCUGGAACACAUGAUUGGAAUCCACUGUAAAUUGGGAGGGAGUUCUGAUUCAGGAACACAUGAUUGGCAUCCACGGUAAAGGUGGAGGGGUUUCUGAUUCUGGAAGACAUGAUUUGCAUAAUAGUAUUGAUUGGGUCCAGAGGAUAGAGUGAGACUCUAAUGUUUGUUGUCAUGGUUUCUACCAUUGUCCUUUUCUGUAUGCAGAGAGUCCAGUGGAGUCAGGCUCUGGACUGGAGAGCCAACCAGACUCCUUCUCCUUCCCCACCAUCAGGACCAGACAGGCCGAGUCCACCAUCAAGACCAGACGACUUCAGCCUCUCCAACUCUCCUCCCGUUCCCAAGGAAACAAUCUCCCUAUAGUGGUGGUCAGACAGAGACGAGGUCAUUUUUAAGACACCAAUUAGUGUUUUUUUUGGGGGGGGGUUGAUCAGCUUUAAUAGUGCAGAUAGAUUGUAUCUUCCAUCAAUGUAAUUGUCUGCAUCAUUUCCAAUCCCCCAUAUAUUGUUUCGUAAAUAUAUAUACAGUAUAUAUAUACAGUGCAUUCGGAAAGUAUUCAGACCCCUUGACUUUUUCCACAUUUUGUUACGUUACAGCCUUAUUCUAAAAUGUAUUAAAUUGUUUUUUUCCCUCAUCAAUCUACACAUGAUACGCCAUAAUGACAAAGCAAAAACUGGUUUUUAGAAAUUUUUGCAAAUGUAUUACGAAUAAAAAACGUAAAUAUCACAUUUACAUAAGUAUUCAGACCCUUUACUCAGUACUUUGUUGAAGCACCUUUGGCAGAGAUUACAGCCUUGAGUCUUCUUGGGUAUGAGCUUGGCACACCUGUAUUUGGGGAGUUUCUCCCAUUCAGCAAUGAUAAAUAGAUAUGCCGAUAGUGGACAACCUUGUUUUAAUCCUCUUGACAGUUUAAUACUUUCUGAGAAGUUGCCAUUAUUUACUAUUUUACACUCAGAGUUACUAUACGUAACUUUAACCCAUUGUAUAAAAGAUUCUCCAAAAUGGAAAUAUUCCUGGCAUUUAUAUAUAAAUUCCAGUCGUACUUUAUCAAAAGCCUUUUCAAAGUCAGCUGUGAAUACCAUGCCUGGCUUCCCAGAUUUGUCAUAGUGUUCUAUUGUUUCCAUUACUUGUCUUAUAUUAUCUCCAAUGUAUCGUCCAUGUAAAAAACCUGUCUGAUUAGAAUGAAUAAUAUCCGACAAUACCUUUUUAAUUCCAUGUGUUAUGCACUAUGCUAGAAUUUUUGCAUCACAACACUGAAGUGUAAGGGGACUCCAAUUUUUUAAAUGGACUGGAUCUUUAUAUUUACCACUUGGGUCCUGUUUCAGUAAUAAUGAAAUCAGACCUUCUUGUUGAGUAUCUGAUAGUCUACCAUUUUUAUAGGAGUGGUUAAAACAUGUUAAUAACGGUCCUCUGAGUACAUUUAAAAAGGUUUGGUAUACCUCAACUGGUAUGCCAACCAGCUCUAGUUUUCCCAGACUUAAAGGCUUUAAUUGCGUCCAGAAGUUCCUCGUCUGUAAUUUGGCCUUCACAUGAGUAUUUUUGUCCAGCUGUUAAUUUUACAUUAUUAAUAGAAAAAACAUCCAUACAAUUAACUUCAGUUAGUGGAGAUGGAGGAGACUGAAACGAAAACAUAUGCUUAGAGUACUUUGCUUCCUCUUUCAAAAUAUUGUUUGGUGAAUCAUGGGUGACUCCGUAAAUUAUUUUUGGUAUCAUUUCAUUUUCCCCGAAAUUCCAUCGAGUUCGCUUUAUUUUUACAUUAUAUUACACUUGAUCUUUCUUGAAUAAGUUCCUCCAUUUCUUUUUGUUUUCCCUGUCUGCGUGUGUGCGCCCAUGCGUAUGCCCAUAUGUGUGUGUGUUGAGAGGGCAGAGGAGGUCAGGGGAUAAAUGGAAAUGGAAAGAUGUACUAUCAAAAAAGCCUGCAGAAAGUAAUCAUCUACAUAUUCCAUGACUGGAUGUGCCAUUUUUACAAAUAUACUAGUACUGUAUUAUUUAUUCUGGGCACUAGUUGUACACAUUUAAUUAACAUGUAUUCAUACUGCCUUAGAUUUUACCUCUGUGGAAAACAAUCGUUCAAUUCAUUGCUUAACAUUAACUGAGCACUCUAGUUAAUUUCCUUUAUGUAAUUAAUGUCUAUAUUUCCCCUUCCUCUAUUUAGAAACAUCUGACAAUGAACCAUACAGCCUGAUGUCAUGCUGUGGUCAGUAUGAAGGACUCCCUUCCCUUUCCUAUUGUGCUAAACACACACACUGUCUGCUGUGCCUGUCUCCCUGUCUGUCUGUCUCCCUGUCUCCCUGUCUGCCUGCCUGUCUGUCUGUCUGUCUGUCUGUCUGUCUGUCUGUCUGUCUGUCUGUCUGUCUGUCUGUCUGUCUGUCUGUCUGUCUAUCUGUCUGUCUGUCUGUCUGUCUGUCUGUCUGUCUGUCUGUCUGUCUGUCUGUCUGUCUGUCUGUCUGUCUCCCUGUCUGUCUGUCUUCCUGUCUCCCUGUCUGCCUGUCUGUCUGUCUGUCUCCAUGUCUGCCUGUCUGCCUGUCUGCCUGUCUCCCUGUCUGCCUGUCUGUCUGUCUGUCUGCCUGUCCUCCUGUCUGCCUGUCCUCCUGUCUGCCUGUCUGUCUGUCUCCCUGUCUGUCUGUCUUCCUGUCUCCCUGUCUGCCUGUCUGUCUGUCUGUAUGUCUCCCUGUCUGCCUGUCUGCCUGUCUGCCUGUCUCCCUGUCUGUCUGUCUGUCUGUCUGCCUGUCCUCCUGUCUGCCUGUCUCCCUGUCUGUCUGUCUGUCUGUCUGUCUGUCUGUCUGUCUGUCUGCCUGUCCUCCUGUCUGCCUGUCCUCCUGUCUGCCUGUCUGUCUGUCUCCCUGUCUUCCUGUCUCCCUGUCUUCCUGUCUGUCUGUCUGUCUGCCUGUCUGUCUGCCUGUCUGCCUGUCUGCCUGUCUCCCUGUCUGCCUGUCUGCCUGACUCCCUGUCUGUCUGUCUGUCUUUUUGCUUUCAUCCUCUGUAAAACUCUCAGAACUGUGGUUUGACUUCUCUGAGAGCUGAAACCAGACUAUGCUCUGUGCUGUUCUGCAGGUUUUUGGACAACCUUCCUGCUUACCUCAUGUUUGCCUGUCAGAUGCACUCUCCCCUCUCCCUUAUUAA